CAUAUUCCCAAUUUCUCAUUUCCCUCUUCCUUCUUCCCUCUACCCUUCCCUCUUCGUCGUCUUCGAGUCCCACUUCGCAGUUCGCAGAACUUCGCACACAGUCGGCGACGGUGAGUUCGAAUUACCCGAAAAUUCGAAGGGAUAAAAGCCGAAGCACAGAAUAGAAAGAGAGUGUGUUUAUGUGAGGAGCAGAGAAAUCACUCACCGAGCCUCCAUUCGCUUUUUCCACACCCGUCUAUACGCAGUCUCAUCCUUCUCAAAUGUAGAAAGUUGUACCCUAAUUCACACACUUCUCUCACGUUUGGAUUCUCAAGCACUGAUUUGGGAGAUGAACAAAGAACCGCCUCCUGAGCCUCAUGAUUUCUUCAUUUGGACUGUUGAGAAUAAAUUUCCAGAUGAGGGUUCAUUGCUUUGAAAGGAGGUUCAUUGCUUCACCACCUCUUGUCCCUGUGCCACUUCCCUCAAGAAUGGAAACACAUUUAUGGUAUAUUGUGCCAGAUGAAGUGAAGAGUACAACCCUCUUAGAUAAAUAUCUAGAUCUUCUGUCACUUAAUGAGAAAGAAAAUGUUUUCCGCAUGCGUGGAGACCAGCUCCAAAAAAGAGCUUUGCUAACACGUGCCUUGGUUCGCACUACCAUUGCAAGAUAUCAGAUAAAUCCUCAAGUUACUCCAAGAUCCUUGAAGUUUAGGAAGAACAUCUAUGGAAAGCCUGAGGUAGAGUGGCAGCAUGAUGAUGAGUGGCAUCCACCACCAUUGCAUUUCAACAUUUCACACUCUUCAUCUCUGAUAGCCUGUGGUGUGACUAUGAAUGUUCCAAUUGGUAUCGAUGUUGAAGAAAAAAGCCGGAAGACAAAGAACAAUGUCUUGUCUUUUGCUCAACGAUACUUUUCUCCACGUGAAAUGGAAUUCCUAGCUUCAAUUUCUGACCCUGAGGUUCAGCGCCAGGAGUUUAUAAAACUGUGGACACUCAAGGAGGCAUAUGUUAAAGCAUUGGGAAGGGGCUUCUCAGCUGUACCUUUCAAGACCUUCACCAUCCAGUUUGGGGCUGCUACCAGAAGAGGUUUAGGUCCUUGUGAUUUUGAUUCUGAGGCAUCUGAAAUAGUUGUUGACUUUCUUGAUGACUCCAAAAUUCUGACGAGCAAUUGGCAGUUUGCACUCAUAGAAUUGGAUGGUUCUCACUUUGCUGCAAUUUGUGUGAAAAAAGACAAUAGCAUCGGAGCAGGCAAAGAGAAUGCUCCGAUGAGAUUGACUGUAUGGAAGACCAUUCCACUUGUUGAAGAUGAAUGUGUCUCUGGAACUGAUGCAGUUACAACAAGUGGUAGCUUGACUUGAGCAAUUGUAAUUAUUUGGUGGUAAAUUAUUGACAACUCAUCAAAAGGCAGCAUCUCUUUCCUUCAAGUUGGUUGAUUUCCUCAGUCCCCAUCCCUUACCCAGCUAAAUCAUUCGUCUAAAAUAAUUACCAGAGAUCUUAAUUCUUGGAGAUGUUGUCAUCUCUGUGACACUGGAUUUUCUUAUAUGUUAUGACCUUGGUGGAAACCUUUGUCCUUUGUACUGUGGUUUGAACCCUUAAUCUUGAUUUUAAAACAUGGCACAGAUUAGCAGCAUUA